UCUCCGUUAGUCGAAAUAAACUUGAAUUCAUUGAACAGGACUUCUUGGAAAUGUGUUCUCGGCUGUCAGUGCAGGGACAUUGUGUGGGGAGCGGACAGCCGUACUCUGUGACGUCAUGUAGCUGCUACCCACGUACACUCGGGUGGGAAACUCCAUAGAGGUGGCAGUCACGAACCUCACAUACCCUGAUAUAUCUGCAGAAUAAAGGUCUCGAUGGGAAAGGUAAAGAUUUCCCCCGAGACAGCUAAGACGUCCGAUGUAGAGAAGCAGAAACUCGCUGAGUCCAGUGGAAUACAUCUGGAUACCAUUCACAAUGACCAACAGCUCAUUGAGACAAUAAGAUCACGCCCCAUUCCCGUGAGACUGAAGAUAAAGCUCAAAGAUGAGCUGUGCUCGGGGUCGGUGGGGCUGUCUACAUGUGAGUCCUGGAGGUACAGCUUGGCCAGGUCAAGACAAAAGUUCAACAUGAAAGCAAAGGAAGCCAUCAGCGCCAUUGAGUUUUGGGGCAGCUCAUUUCGUCGCAUAGAAGGUCACCAUGGUACGGGCGUGUUAUCCUAUUUCGUAUUUCUGAGGUGGAUGUUCGGACUGAACGUUCUUCUGUUCCUUCUGAUGUUUGGUUUCAUCACGGUGCCCACCAUCCUGCAGCCCUCCAUCGACUACAGCGCCAGCAGCACCGAGCCUGGAGUAGCACAGGCGUACACCUGCACACAGUCCUACAAGGAGGCACCCACAACAGACCUUGUGCAGUUCAUGCUGCAUGUUUUCCAGGGAACGGGCUACAUGGAGAAGACACACCUCUUCUACGGCUACUACUCGGGAUCCCAGUUCCUGCGAGGAACGAGCACCGACUCAACCUUCCCUACAACAUACCCCUGGCUUACUUCAUUACCUCUGCCGUCUGUCUGGUGAUCAGUCUUCUCCUCAUGGCCAAAUAUACUGCUAAGGGUUUGUGGGAUUACGUGGUGGAGGAUCAUCACUCAGGAUACGACUUCUGCAGCAACGUGUUCUGCAGCUGGGACUACUCCCUCAACGACGACCACACAGC